UCUGCAUGUGAAGCCCCCGUGCGCCCGCGCAGCCGCCAGGUUAGCUCACCAGUGGGCACCCCGGGCCGAGAUGCUACUCCGGGACCUGGUGCUGCGCCGCGGCUGCUGCUGGCCCUCGCUACUGCUGCACUGUGCGCUCCACCCACUCUGGGGCUUAGUUCAGGUGACGCAUGCUGAGCCCCAGAAGUCUUGCUUUAAGGUGACUGACAGCUGCCAACACAUCUGCCAGUGCCGGCCCCCGCCCCCACUGCCCCCUCCACCCCCACCUCCGCCACCUCCCAGACUACUCUCUGCCCCAGCUCCCAACUCUACCUCGUGCCCUGCAGAGGACAGCUGGUGGUCAGGGCUGGCGAUCAUCGCUGCAGUCCUCUGUGCCUCCCUCGUGUUUCUGACUGUGUUGGUCAUCAUCUGCUACAAAGCCAUAAAGAGGAAACCGCUGAGAAAAGAUGAAAAUGGCACCAGUGUUGCUGAGUACCCCAUGAGCUCUGCCCAGAGCAACAAAGGGGUGGAUGUGAGCACUGCGGUGGUGUGAAUCUGCAGGCCCUGGACCCACUGGCUGGAAAAACACCUUGGUGGCACUGGUGGACAUGUGAGGACAGGUGGACAUGGGCUGACCCUGGGCCUGUCCGGGACUUCAUGCUUUGCAGGCCUCGAGCCUCCUGAAGGAGAAAGCAUCCUCUUCCCAGGCUAGCCCUGGUCACCCCAGGGGUGCUGCACAGAUUCUAGGCUUGAGCCAGGCUCCCCGCAUGUGGCCCCCCUGAGCAGCAGCACCACCCAGGGCUCUCCAUACUCCUUUGUCUUGUGUUGGGCGCCCCGACUGUCACCCAGUUGCUACUGAAAGCAUGUAUCCCAAGGAAAGCAGAGGGUCUGUCUGUCCUCCUGGGGCAGAGAGACCCCAGUUUAACCAGAAGAAAGGUGACCAGGGACUGCUCCCAUUCUGGCAGCUUCCUCUCCUGCAGGAAGCCCACCUGCUUCCCUGUGGACAUUCUAACAAAAGCCAUCACACAGCCAUGAGACAAAUGUCCCCUUGCAAAGGUGCUUCCCACACAUCUGACCACCACUGUAUCUGCCAUGGUCUUCCGUCUCCAGAGCCCGUGUCACCCUCCUUUGCCCACACACAGCAUAGCCUGCAGCUCCUGACUGCAUGCCUGCCAAGGGAAGCAGUGAGCUCAGCUUACACAAUCCCCAGGGAAUGGACUCCGUGUCUCCCAGAAGCCCAGACCGAGGACGUCCCAAGAAAGACAGAGGUCUGCUUUGCCUGACAUCUCACACCUGGCUCUCCAGGAAGCAUCAGUGUGAGCCAGGCCCUCUGUCUCACCGGACAGAGGUCACAACUUGUGCCAAACCCAUGUGGUACUCUGUGCUAGGCCAAUGCUGGCCUGGUGCUAUGUGCCUCCCCUUGUCCCCAAGAGUCCCCUGAAGCCUAAAUUUGGUACUCAGAAUGUUUCCCAGAGAAGAUGGCCUUCUUCUGGGUAUCCUGGAAGGGGCUUUCUCAGAGUGCCAAGGCUGUUAUGGCACUGAAGCCUCCUGAGUGUGGGAGGAAGGGAGAGUGAUGAAGAGCCAUCCAGCCUUGCCAACCCCCUGCCCACAGGCUGGUUUUCCUGAAUACCACCCACACAGGGAGGCACAUCCCUUGACCCCUGUGAUUUUAUGUCCUUUGGCCCCCUCACCAGCCACAUGUACUUGCCUAGAAGGAAGCGGCCUGCUGGAGGGCAGCACCUCCACAGUGUAGAGAUUUAGCUGGGUAUGUUAGCCCCCUCCUUAGUCACCAGAGAUCUCUGGCAUGUGUUUGUGCUACAUGAGAAUUCCAAAGCCAGGUCAAACCGACAGACACAAAAAUCAGUGCUAUGUGGCUGGCUGCCCUGAAGCUGCUGCUGUCCUGCAGCCCCAACAGGCACAGGCUAAGGGGAGGUCCAGGGCAUAGCUCCUGUAAGGGACAUUUGCUUGAGGACAUGGUUUUGGCUUGGGUUUGAAUUUCACCUUCACAGCAUUACCUUGGCUCUGGCACAGGGUUGCCAAGAUCCUUCUGUGGAGCUGCCCCCACCUCAGCCAGGACAGCACCUGGCAGUCCUCUUCGGAUGUGGUCCCAAGUGAUGAAGAAGCCAAAGCAGGUAGAUCAGGGACAGGCUGACAGGGGUGAGAAGCCUGACCAUCUCCACCCCAGUGCCUUGUCUCACACCUCCCCCCACACACACACACACCUUGAUCUAAAUUGAGAUAGGGCCACAGUCCCCUGGUGCCUGUGUCUGCAGCAGACACUGGGCAGAUAGGAGGGUGAUCCUAGUUGUAAACAUGCACAUUCCGGAGCCUCACAGUCGAGAGACACCCCCCACACAGACACACACACACAUACACACAUCUUGAGUUAUCUAGUCCCAGGAGUGAGGAAGGGAGCUUCCUGCUAGGGAACCUGGAGGGCUGGGCAGAGUGUGAGAUUUCCAUGCACCUACAUCCUGACCUUAGAAACCCAGGAAGUGCACAGUGGGUGUGUGCUGUCAGCCAGCAGGGUUUCCACUUCGCUUGGCUAUGGUGCAGGUAAACGUUCUCUAGUGGGCUUGGGUUGCCCCAGUACUCAGUUAGGGGAAGCCAAGGGAAGACCCAAAGUUUGAAAAGGGUCCCCUGGAGAACAGCCUCCCAAGCCCAGAACUGACCAUUCAGAGAACGCGUCUCCCAUCACAACAGAAGCCACUCGUGUUUAAACAUACAGAAAAUCAGCGUCGACCGAGAGCGUGGACUUAGAACUUCAUUUCAGAGGCUGUACGCCAACUCCGCCAGGACCCGUUCUCAGUGCAGCCUGACUGCAGAGGUCAGCGAAAUGUCCAUGUCCGCGCCUUUCCCCAGGUGUCCCCACUGUGGUUAAGUCUGAACUCAGCGGCACUUAGGAUCUCCCAGGUACCAGGUGUUUCCACAAGCCUUCUAGAGGACAUUUUGGAUGAAAGAAUAAUAGGUGUAAAAAUAAACA